AACUUAAUGAUCAGCGGAAUCUCAUUCGUCAUAAGAAGUGUACCACCGAGUCAUUUGUUCAUAUUGCAGCACCGGCUCAGCCUGCAGCACUAGCUAAGCCUGCAGCACUGGCUCAGCCUGCAGCACCAGCUAAGUCUGCCGCACCAGCUCCGCCUGCAGCACUGGCUCAGUCUGCAGCAUCGGCUAAGUCUGCAACACCGGCUCCGCCUGCAACACUGCCUGCAGCACCAGCUCAUGGCUCUACCCCUAAAGUACUCAUGUUUAUGCCAACUCCAGGAAUGGGCAUUCAAACAAUGGUUGGCUCUUCACAACAUGCCUCACGUGAGGCUCCGAUUGAGGAGAAUGAUGUGCAACAAAUAUCCGAUGAGGAGGAAAAUGGGGUUGAGGAUGACGAGGUGGUGGGUCAAGGGAAUGUUCCUCGUCUUGCGCAUAAGAGAGAUGAAAAUGGGAAGAUUAUUAUACGACCUGUGGGUAAAGGGCUCGCUCUUGCUAAUGAAGUGGCAAAUGCCAUAAAUUACGCAAUACGAAAGCAGUUUUAUACGCCUAUCUAUAAUUGGAGUGUAUUCAACAAAGACGAAGACACUAAAAAAAUUAAAGUAGAAAGGUUUAAAUCUUUUGGGGAGAAGUUAUCAUGGGAUCCUCGUGAUCACGAUGUUGUCUAUCAUGUAUUUGAACAAAAGGGAGCAAAACGACUAUCAGACAUGGUUACGAAGGCGAGGAAAAAAGAGGUCAAACCUGCAUGGAUAGGUGAUCUAGCUUGGACAUGUCUUAAAGACUACUGGAAGAGCGAGGAUUUCCUUAAAAUCUCCAAUCAAAAUAAGAUCAAUCGAUCUUCAAAAUAAGGCGGAGCGCUCCACACCUCUGGUCGCAAGUCUCAUCUGGAUGUAGAACUU